GGAGGGGUAAAGGUUGAAUCCUUAUCAGCGUCAACUGCAUUGUGAAAGACACAAGUGAUUGUCACAGAAUCAGGAAACAACGGCUUUCUCGGUAUGGAGAACCCAUAGCCCUGGAGCUCACCAUGUUAAAUUCGCCCCCUACACACAUGGGUUGCCACAAAAUCAUUCGCCUCGCCCUCCCGCUGCUGCUGAUAUUCGUCUUCCUCUACAUCAGCAUCAACCGGCUUCCAGAUACUCCCCUUUCUGAGUGCAAUGAGGAUGGGAAACCGUGUGUCAAGGCUGAGAAUGACGUCAUCGCUAUGGAGGAAGUACGGGAGCAGGAAAAGGGUGUGGAGUCCUUUAAGGAAGAGUCGUCCUACCUGCGAGUGAUAGAACGCUCUAAGAAGAACUGCAAGGGGAAAAAUUUCCAGAUCGGAAAAAUGUUGCAAUCCUUUCAUGACAGUAUGACAACCGACAAUGAGAUCUUACUGAAACACUACUUAGCGGGAUGGAGAGAACUGAUCAAGUUCAUGGAUUCGAUGGGUUCUGUAUUCUCCUUCAUUUCUCAUGAAACAACAACCAAAAUCAACAUCCUCCAGGGGUAUCUAGAUGGCAAAAAUGGGAAAAGCUACAAAACAAUCAAGUCCAUGAUAAAAUAUGAAAUGGAGAACGAGGUGGUGAACUUUAAAUAUCUGCCUUCCAAUCAGGUUCCCUCAGGCUGCCGGACACUCUUGCGCAUGCACAGAGCCCUUAAAUGGCUGGAAGUCUUUCUUUACAAAGUGGGCACCAGUCCUGACCAGGUCAAGACUUCAGAAAUGUGUGCUGAUGCCUACCACAAGACCUUGUCCCGAUACCACAGCUGGUUCAUCCGGCAGAUCGCUGAAGUGGCAUUUUUGGCCAUGCCUCCUCUGGAGGAGAUGUACAAAUUAGUAUGUGUCCAGGACCACAAAGAAGCAAAAUUUGUCCUCAUGACCACCGUGGAUUCCAUAGUUAAAGUCUACAACGUCACGCAAGACCUCUAUACAAUCAAUAACAUGUUGGACUUACCAUGAAAUCAACUCUGAAGGACAGAUGUUUGGCUUGAGAUAUUUUUUUUACUUACUAUUAGGUAGAUUCAGAGAGAAGUGCCUACAGUUACGGCGGCGUAGCUUAGUGUG